AUGACGACGGGCAAAAGAAGCGAUAGCGAUGGCAGUGGCUUGGCGACAUCUGCAGCGAUUUCGGGAAAAUUAGAUCAUCAUUAUCCGAAACAUCCAAAGGGACUCACGGUGGCGCCUCAUCAAUUUCACUCAAAGUUAUUAGACGAUCAGCCAUCUGCGGCCCGGAUGGAGAGGUAUGCUGAACAUUUAGAUGGAGGCGAGAGAGGAGAAGAAGAGGACGAGGAAGAAGACGAGGAUGACGAUGACGAUGAAGGGGAAGGCAUGGAUGAGAUUGCCGAGUAUGGCGAUAUUUGUGGAGAGGAGGGGCAGGAAGAGGAAGAGGAAGAUUUAGGUGACCCUGAAGACGACGAGUAUGAGGGAGAAGAACCUGAAGGUGAGGAUGAUGAAGAAGAGGACAAAGAAUUUCCCUUAUUCCAGGCCUUAGAAGGUCACGGUCUUGCAGCUCUCGCAAACCACCCUGAGGAUGCUGACUCUGGCUUGGGCAGAUCUGGUACUUCUCAACGGACUUCCGGAGCUCAAUUUGGCCUCUCAGGUAAUCAGGAUCUCUCUGUCCCUCCACGUUUGCUUCAAAUUGAGCCUGAUCAUGAGGUUCACGCCACGACCGUUGAUCGCCUUACAGCUGCUGAGACUGCUAUUGCUGCGACAAAUAUAGGGAUUUCUUCGCGAUCUGGUCAUGGUCAGAGGCUAAAACACCUGAAGCAAAAGGCUCAGGCCAAAGUUCAACGCCAGCAACAACAGCAGCAUCAACUACAGCUCAAGGCGACGCAGUUCUUCUCACUCGAUUGCAGGGACUCGGCUUCAGAUGGCGUAACACUGGCACAGGAUAAAGUACCUCCCCCAGCCUCUGCAUUUGGCAGAGUAGAAUCUUAUAAAAAGUUGGACGUGCUUGGAGAGGGUUCCUACGCUACUGUAUACAGAGGCUAUUCGCAGUGA